CACUCUUCCGGUGCCCUUUCUCCUGGGAGGAGUUAGGCAAGUAGCGGAGCCUCGUGGAGAGGCUGCACCGGCCAGGGCCGGGGUCUGCGGAAGGGCAAGGGGAGAAGCGGGAGGCAUCCCCGGUCUAGUUCUCCGCUGCGGCGCCAGGGAGUAGACAUGACUCAGAACCUGAAGGACUUCGCCGGGCGGCUGCCUGCUGGGCCCCGAGGUAUGGGCACAGCGCUGAAGCUGCUGCUCGGGGCUGGAGCCGUGGCCUACGGUGUCCGAGAGUCAGUGUUCACCGUGGAAGGUGGGCAAAGAGCCAUUUUCUUUAACCGAAUUGGGGGCGUGCAACAGGACACUAUCCUCGCUGAAGGACUACACUUCAGGAUCCCCUGGUUCCAGUACCCCAUCAUCUAUGACAUUCGUGCCCGGCCCCGCAAGAUCUCUUCUCCCACAGGCUCCAAAGAUCUUCAGAUGGUGAACAUCUCUCUUCGGGUGCUGUCCCGCCCCAAUGCCCUGGAGCUGCCCAGCAUGUACCAGCGCCUAGGGCUGGACUAUGAGGAGCGCGUAUUGCCCUCUAUCGUGAAUGAGGUGCUCAAGAGUGUCGUGGCCAAGUUUAACGCCUCACAGCUUAUCACCCAGCGAGCCCAGGUGUCCUUGUUGAUCCGUCGGGAGCUCACAGAGCGGGCCAAGGACUUCAGCCUCAUUCUAGACGACGUGGCCAUCACAGAGCUGAGCUUUAGCAGAGAGUACACAGCCGCUGUGGAGGCCAAGCAAGUAGCCCAGCAAGAGGCCCAGAGGGCACAGUUCCUGGUGGAAAAGGCCAAGCAAGAGCAACGGCAGAAGAUUGUGCAAGCCGAGGGCGAAGCAGAGGCCGCCAAAAUGCUCGGGGAAGCUCUGAGCAAGAACCCCGGCUACAUCAAGCUUCGGAAGAUCCGGGCUGCCCAGAACAUCUCCAAAACUAUCGCCACAUCUCAGAACAGAAUCUAUCUCACGGCUGACAACCUCGUGCUGAACUUGCAGGAUGAAAGCUUCACUCGGUGAGCAAUGCUUCCCCUUCUGUAUCCAUCGGACUGCUCUCCUCCGUUCUAGGCAUUUACCUUUGUCAGCUCACUUGGGGUGGUUGUGCUGCCAACCUGAGGGGUUGGGAGGGAACACAAGUGGCAGCUUCCAAGGGAAGGCUUCUCCCAGGCAAAAUUUGAUUGGUGGCUUUCAGAGAAGGGAUGGUGGCAGGGGUGAGGGGCUGGGACCCAGCACUCUGGGGUCUGUCUGUUUGGGGAGGAGAAGGUUCUCGGGCUGCGGGGUGGAUGCUAGUGUGUGCCCUAGAGCCUAAAGAGGUUAAAUUAUGUCUUUCUCUUUGUCUGUCUGUGUCUCUCUAUGUGCUGCCUCCAGGGGAAGGUGAGUUGUGGCUGGGAAUGAUGGGGAAACUGAGAGCUUGGGGGGCGGGGGUUGUGUGGACAGUGUGGGCACAGGGAUGCAGAGACUGGGCUGCUUUAGUCAUACAAUGUCAACUCUUUCUCCCCCCCCUCUCCACAGCGACAGCCUCAUCAAGGGCAAGAAGUAGAGGCAACCUCCUGGUUUCCAGAGAAAGCUGGUCUCCGACAAGCCUGAGAUGAGUCCACCUCCCUCACCCCACCAUCAUGUGACUUUCUCCCCUUCACCACCCACUACCCCUCUCUCGUUGGAUAAAUGAAGACUGACAGAUGUUCCUUUCCCCAUUCCCCUCCCCAUAUUUUGCUGGGAGUCUGGGGCGUAAGGACUGUGUGAUUUCUCAGUGAUUUCCUCUCUAGCUGGUGUCCCUCCAAGGCCAGGAGGAGAGAGCAGCUAUCCCAGGAAUUCUCAAUAAAUUUUUAUUACUUAAGUGGAA